UCAGUGGACGGAGGAGGACGAGAUCGCAGACUACAAGAAGAACCAGGAGUGGAUGGACGAGUGUAUGGACGGGAUGUUUGAGAAGUGGUACGACAAAAUCGACGAAGAGGACUCCACGGAGGACAGGAGAAAGAUGCACAUGUUCAUUGCUCGUUACUGUGACCUGCUGAACGUUGUGAUCUCCUGCGACGGCUGUGAGAGGAUGGCGCCUUGGCACCGAUACCGAUGUCUGCAGUGCAUGGACAUGGACCUCUGCAAGACCUGCUUCCUCAGUGGUGCCAAGCCCGAGGGCCACGAGGACGACCAUGAGAUGGUGAACAUGGAGUACGCGUGCGACCACUGUCAGGGGCUCAUCGUUGGCAGCAGGAUCAACUGUAACGUCUGCGAAGACUUUGACCUGUGCUUCGGAUGUUACAACGCAAAGAAGUAUCCCGACAGCCAUCUGCCCACCCAUCGGAUCACCGUGUACCCCAUGGUGACCAUACGGAUCAGUGACCGUCACCGCCUCAUCCAGCCCUACAUCCACAACUACUCGUGGCUGCUGUUCGCCGCUCUGGCGCUCUACACGUCGGAGCUGAGCAGUCAGAAGCAGGCGGAGGGAGACGCUCUGGAGCAGGCGUCCGCCCUGCAGACGCACUGCUCCCAGCUCAUCACCGACUGUCUGCUGAAGGGCCAGAGCGGCAAAG